UGAAAUGCCGGUUUACAAACGGUAAAAAAAGUCAUUAUCUUGGGGCUCGUUGAGACAGUCGAGUGCGGUUAAUUGUGGAAUUUACGUCGUCUUGACUCGAGUGGAAUUAGAUUACAUUCAGCGAUUUUUCGGGAUUCCAGAUCGUGAUUUCAUUGAGUGAUUGAUAAUUAAUCAUGGUGACAGGUAGGGCUUUGCAUUUUGUUUUCAAGAUUCCAGAUCGUCGGCUGACGGCGAAAUUCUAUCGGGAAAUACUGGGGAUGAAAGUGUUGAGACAUGAGGAGUUCAGUGACGGGUGUGAGGCUGCUUGCAAUGGACCAUAUGCCAAUCGUUGGAGUAAGACCAUGAUAGGAUAUGGUCCUGAGGACACCCACUUCGUGAUCGAAUUGACGUACAACUAUGGGAUAAAGAGUUACGAAUUGGGAAACGAUUUCCAAGGAAUCACGAUACGCUCCAAGGAAGUUAUUGAGCGAGCUAAGAAGAAUAAUUGGCCCAUCAGUGAGGAGAAUGGUGUUUCUCUCCUGCAGGCACCUGGAGGGUACAAGUAUUACAUCAUCAAUGAGCCGCAAGUUGCUGGUAAAGACCCAGUGGAAAAGGUCACGUUAUCGAGUUCAAACCUCGAGAAGAGCAUUUCUUAUUGGAGGGACAUUCUCAAUCUGAAAGUAUAUGAUCAAAAGGACAAGACUGUGCUCCUUGGAUUCGGAGAUGAUCAGGCGAAACUGGAGCUUAAAGAUAUUGGAACCCCAAUAAACCACGCAAAAGCCUAUGGAAGAAUAGCUUUUGCAGUUCCUCAUGCCGAGCAACCCGAGAUCCAGAAAAAAAUUAAAGAGUCCGGCCACCAAAUUCUAACGGAUCUGAUAACGCUGGAAACACCUGGGAAGGCAUCAGUCCGAGUGAUAAUCUUGGCAGAUCCGGAUGGCCAUGAGAUCUGCUUCGUAGACGAGGAGGGAUUUCGUCAAUUGUCAGUACCUGAUUACCCCAGUGAAAAGAUUCUUGAUAAAUAUAUCGAAAAAGAUCCAACUGAAUGAAACAAUUCAAUCCAAUUUCAUUGUUUUAUCAGUAAAAGGUAAAUUAUUACACUCCUCUGAAACUUCGUUCGGCUCUUAUAUUUUUUAUCGGAUUAUGUAUGAAUUUUUCGAGAAUUUGUUCCUUUUUCUUAGAAAUCAAGAGUCGGUUUUCGGUUCCAUACGUUGUACGGACGUUUUGUACGGACUUUCACAGAUAUUUUUCUAUCGACGUUCUUCAUAAGUCCAGAUGGUUAUGUAUUUUUCUACUCUCUGAAGGUAAUGUUAUGAUCAAAAUUUUGCUAUUGGCCGUUGACUCUCAGAUAUUUAUUGAAAGUGACCAAUAGUCAAAAUUGACGUCAACCGUUUUAUGUCGGUUGCGAAAUUAGGAAGAACUGAGCUCCAUGCAAGCUCCUUAUCCUUUGAAAAGUUAUACAUAAUCCAAUUGACAGUAUGAGCAUAUUAUGUAAGUGUUCACAGAAUGUAAUUAUUUAACUUGCAUGAACAAAAUAUAUUGACGUGGAGAUUAUUCAUUAAAUUUGUACUAAAACAAGGGAUAUCACUACUUGGGGAAUGGGAAGUACUUAAUUACCAGUUGUAAAUACUCUUUCGAGAAAUAAAACUAAAAAUGUUUCAUUCUAAAUCAAAAACAAA